GGACCUUCAACCGUGGCAGCCUGAGUCGCUACCUUGGCUCUUCCUCUUUUGUUCGUCUGGUUCGAAAUCUAGUGUUGGAGAAGUUGCGAGUCAUUGGAAGGGAAAUUUCAAACAUAAACCGCCAGAUUGGAGCGAGUUUGAAAAUCGGCUAGUGCUAGUCUACGUCUACGAUAGGCUAAACUCGAAUUUUCGGAGCGCAUUCGAGAGGUUUCAACGCAAAAACGUUACUAUGGACCACGCAAGCGGUGGAAUUAACGACACUGGCAUUUCGCCUGACGAAUUUUCCGCCUUAACGGAUGUUCCAGUCGUGAGAAAAUUCAUUGUCACGCCGAAAGAUUUACCAUGAACGGUCAAUAUGCAGUUUCUGGGUUAUAUUCUCAGCUACUUUCUGAGUGGGAUAUUGCUUGUUCAACUCUUCUUAUACUACCUCUCAUUUCACCGAACGGAUCCUCGUCAGAUAAUAAUUACAGUAUUUGCUGUUUUUUUCGUCGAAUUCUUAUCAACCGUAUUUGCUACCAUGAUUGUUAUCAUGGCUCUCAUUGUAGACGGCUUCAUUUCCUACUCUAUCUUCCUGUGGGGCUUCAAAAUUGUGGCUCUCUUGUCCGGGCUAGCUGCUUUCAUGGUUCAUGCAUUUUAUUGCUGGCGUAUCCGCAUCUUGGGCGGUCACUGGGGAAUAAUUGUGGUUGUAAUAAUCAUUUCAACCUACCAAUGCGUGAUGGUGUCUAUAUCUGGAUUUGGUGUGCUUGAAAACGGGAUCGGAAUUCUUGGAGCAGGUACUGAGACGAUAACGGACCCAAAAUUACUAUUCAUCAAUGUUUCCUGGUUAGCUGGUACUUCCAUUUGCGACAUCAUCAUUGCAACUACUAUCCUUCAUUUGCAACACAUGAUAAUAAAGAAGCAUUGCACAACAGAUCAGUUGAUGGGAAGAGUCGAAAGAGUAAUGAGCAUCGCAAUUGACAGUGGGAUGAUAACUGCAAUCGGGGCAGCCAUGGAGUUGUUGUUCUUUCUAGUGUGGAGAAAUAGUCUCAUACAUUUUAUCUUGUUUUUCACCCUUCCAAAGCUGUAUGCAAACUGUCUCCUGGCGACCCUCAAUGCUCGCCUUGCCGUUCCCGGGCGUGGGUUUCGAGAAAGUGCCAUGUACCGUGCCAGGGAAAGCCUUGCCAUCGACGACGCUUUUUUCGACAAGCUCCCCACUCACUCCCAAGAAGCGUAUACGAAUUUUGUAUCUGGAAUCGACGCCAAAAUUCAGGCCGCAAAUAAUGGCGGCCCAACCUUAGACAUCAAGCGGCGUUCGAUGUCAACCUUAGCUUCCUCUUUGAAUUCGGAAACAUAUUGCGUUCAUCUGGAAGCUCCCACCAGACGCAACUCGAUAUUGGAUUUGAGAAGCACCCAUGUUCAUCACGACCACGGCAACCCGCUGUUGGAACCAGCUCGAGACCAUGCUCAGACUACGGCAGAAUUCUCUGAAAUAGCGCCAGCUUCGACACUACUGUUACCCACAACGGUGACAGAAAAUACUAGUCCAGGCCAGAUAUUGACAGAUCCUCCUAAUAACACGAGCAGAAGGCAUACGAUAAUGAAUUUGCAUUCAACUACGCCAGCGGUCAGUGGUAGGGAUAUACACGUCCAGGGUGAGUUGGAGGCACCGGGGACGCGGCUGGUGCAUUCCAAGAGUAAUCCAAACUUAUCGGCCACAAACAAUGACCAUGCCCCAUCGAAACUUGCAGACAAACAAAGCUUCAGUAUAGUUUCUGAUGAAUCACAUAUGAAGAGCAUUGAUAGUGCAGAAAGUGAAGAGACCAAGUUUCUGCUGAAAAGAAUAUCGAUAGAACCUUUUUAUGGACCAUUUCCAUCCAGACUGGAGCCCUUGCGUCGACCAGAGGCUGCGCUCCGGUUUGAAUUUUAGUCCAUUUUCUAAUAUCUACAUAUUCUUGGAAUCCUGCUGUUUCUACAAUUUGAAUCGUACCUAAUCGUACAGUGUACAAUGAGUAUGAUUUCAAUUUGUUUUUUUGAGAAAUUUGAAC